UGAGCCUCAAAAGUAAACAGGAAAAGUUCUCAGGUAUUUUCUGUGUCACCUAAUUCCGAGACAUUGAACAAAAUAUGUUGCUGAAGGGAUCCGUGUCAUUCGAGGAUGUGAUCGUGGAGCUCACCCAGGAGGAAUGGAGGAGGAUGGGCCCCAGGGACCGGAGCCUAUACAGGGAUGUGAUGCUGGAGAACUACGGCCACCUUGUUGCAGUGGGGUGUUGCAUUACCAAACCCAAGGUUAUCCUCAAGUUGGAGCAAGGAGAAGAACCAUGGUCCCUAGAAGUCAAAUUCCUAAACCAGAAGUACCCAGGAUAUUAUAAAAUUGAUGACAGCAUAAAAGAAAUCCAAGAAAAACCAAAGAAGCCUGUGUGUCAAGUAAUAUUUGCUGAUGACAAUGAUAAAACAUUGAGUAAAGAAGAACAGAAAGUUUUAGAAAGAUCAUUAAAUCUGGGCAUAGCUCCAGAGUUUUCAGGAAAAAUACCCUGUAAAUGUGACUUUUGUAGAAAGAAUUUGCCAGUUGCUUCUGAGUUAAUUAUAAGUGAAAGAAACUAUUCAAGAAAGAAGGUUGAUUACAUGAAUGUGUUUGAGAAAUUGCAGCUUGAUUUUAAGCAUGAGAAAACUCAUCCUGGAGAGAAAUCUUAUGAAUAUGAUGAAAAUGUGAAAGCGCACAGUUAUAAGAAAGAUCAGUAUCAGAAAUUUCAAACUUUGGGGCAGUCUUUUGAAUAUAAUGAAUUUGGAAAUGUUUUAUAUGAUAAGACUGUGUAUUUUAGACCAGAGACUUUUGUAACAAGAGAGAAGUCCUGUAAGGAUGGUGAAUUUAGGAUAAACUGUGAUAAAACCUUUUUACUUAACUACAUGAGAACUGACACAAGGGAAAAAUGUUCUGAUCUUAAUGAAUGUGGAAGAUCCUGUGACAGAGCCACCAUUUUGGAGUACAAUAAAAUUCACAUGGCUAUGACACACUAUAAAUUUAAUGAAAGUGAGAUAAAUUUCAGUGAAAAGUCAUCCCUCAUUCAGUCUCAGAGAACUGUUAUAGAACAGAGUGCAGAUGAAAGCAAUAAAUUUGAAGACAACUUUAGCCACAGCUCAGGUCAUAUAGUACAUCAGAAAACACAAACUGGAAGAGAUAAAUUCUGUGAAUAUAAUGGAUGCACAAAUAUCUUCUACCAGAAAUUAGAUCUUACAAUACAUCUGAGAACUCAUACAGAAGAGCAGUUCUGCUGUUGUGGUGAAUAUGGGAGAUGCAGGAAAUCCUUUCACCAGAAAGCACACCUCAUGCGGUAUCAGAGGACCCACUCAGGGGAGAAACUUCAAUAUGAAAAAUGUGGGAAAUCCUUUUGUAUGAGUUCACACUCUAUUGAGCAUUCUGGAGCUUAUGUGGGAUUCAAACUUUAUGAAUGUAAUGAAUGUGGGAAAACUUUCUGUCAGAAGUCAAAUCUUAGUGAACAUGUGAGAAUUCACAUAAAGGAGAAAACUUAUGGUAACAAUGACUGUGGGAAGUCUUACAUGUCACCCCUUAUAGGACAUCAGAGAACAGAAACACAGAUGAAUCUCUGUGAAAGCAGUGAAUGUGGGAAAACAUUCUUCAAGAUGGCAUGUCUCAAAGAACAUUGGAGAAUUCACACUGAGGAGAAACCUUAUCACAUCUCAUCACAUCUCAGAGCACAUCAGAGAAUUCACACAGGUGACAAACACUAUGAAUGUAUUGAAUGUGAGAAAACUUUCUCUCACAAGACACACCUCAAUGCACAUCAGAGUAUCCACACAGGAGAGAAACUCUAUGAAUGUAUUGAAUGUGGAAAAUCUUUUACCUGUAAUUCAGCCCUAAAAGCACAUCAGAGAAUUCACACAGGUGAGAAACGCCACAAAUAUACUGACUGUGAGAAAACUUUUGCCAAUAAUUCAGCCCUCAGAGUACAUCAGAGAAUUUACACAGGGGAGAAACCUUAUGAAUGUAAAGAAUGUGGAAAGUCUUUUGUCCAUAUUUCUGUUCUCAAAGUACAUCAAAGAAUUCAUACAGGGGAGAAACCCUAUGAGUGUAAUGAAUGUGGGCGAUCUUUUACCUACAAUUCAGUUCUAAGAGCACAUCAGAGAAUUCACACAGGGGAAAAACCCUAUGAGUGUAGUGAAUGUGGGAAAACUUUUGUAGAUAAUUCAGCCCUCAGGGCCCAUCACCGAAUCCACACAAGAGAGAAACCCUACAAAUGUGAUGAAUGUGAGAAAACUUUCUCUGAGAAGUCAUAUGUUAGUGUACAUCAGAGAGUUCACACAGGAGAGAAACCCUAUGAAUGGAAUGAAUGUGGGAAAACUUUCUCCCACAAGUCACACCUUAAUGCAGACCAGAGAACUCACACAGGGGAGAAACCAUACGAAUGUAAUGAAUGUGGGAAAACUUUCUCUGAUAAGUCAUAUGUUAGAGCACAUCAGAGAGUUCACACAGGGGAGAAACCCGAUGAAUGUAAUAUAUGUGGGAAACCAUUUGCCCUUAACUCAUCCCUUAGAGUGCAUCAGAGAAUUCACACAGGUGUGAAAUCCUUUGGAUGUAAUGAAUGUGGGAAGACUUUCUCCUGGAAGUCACACCUUAGUGCACACCAGAGAACUCACACAGGGGAGAAACCCUAUGAAUGUAAUGAGUGUGGGAAGACUUUCUCCCGGAAGUCAAGCCUUAGGGCACACCAGAGGACUCACACAGGGGAGAAACCCUAUGAAUGUAAUGAAUGUGGGAAGACUUUCUCCCAGAAGUCAAACCUUAGUGCACACCAGAGGACUCACACAGGGGAGAAGCCCUAUGAAUGUAAUGAAUGUGGGAAAACUUUCUCUAAGAAGUCAUCUAUUAGUGCACAUCAGAGAGUUCACACAGGGGAGAAACCCUAUGAAUGUAAUAUAUGUGGGAAACCAUUUGUCCUUAACUCAUCCCUUAGAAUGCAUCAGAGAAUUCACACAGGUGUGAAAACCUGUGGAUGUAAUGAAUGUGGGAAAACUUUCUCCCGGAGGUCACACCUUAGUACUCACCAGAGGACUCACACAGGGCAGAAACACUAUGAAUGGGAGAAACCCUAUGAAUGUAAUGAAUGUGGGAAAGGUUUUGCCCGAUUUUCAACUCUCAGAGUACACCAGAGAAUUCACACAGGGGAGAAACCCUAUGAAUGUGGUGAAUGUGGGAAGAUUUUUGUUCAUAAGUCAGCUCUUAGAGUACAUCACACCAGAAUGCAUACCAGAGAGAAAACCCUAACACAUCAUAAAUUUGAGAAGUUCUGA